UACGCACUCCGUCUCCAGCCCUCACACUCAGCGCGCUUUUUACGCACACUGGAUAUUUGACUCCUCAGUCCUCGGCUAGAUGUCAAACGUCAGAAAACCGCAUUAUUCUAUAGGAAGAGGCUGGGUGUCAUUCAUUUUGGGCUCGUGAGAGUGCCAGUUUGUUUCUCCUCGGGAAGACAAAAUGACCAACUCUUUAAUGGUUUUAGCGGGGUUUGCUUAGGCAUUCUUACCCCAUUCUACUUCAGAUACUGUAUAUCUGUCAAAGAGGGAUUUAUAACUCCAGCAUCGACUUGAAAAUCGUGGUCAUUUGGGGAUAUCUCUGUCAGGGAUAAAUCAAAAGGAGAUUAUGGCUUUGUCGUUUCUGUAUGCGCUGUCCAUGUGGAUACAUUUAGUCUGUCCUUUGCUUGGAACAGGGUUUGUUUAUCACUAUCCAGGCAUCACUCUGCAGCGGCAGCGCAUCAAAUCGGAACAGAGCGGCAGCACUGGACCGCCAGGUACCGGGUCCCGUACCCAACUCAGGAACUGGUGUCAGUAUACUGUUUCGAGAACAGUGUCCUGCCAGGUGCACAACGGGACAGAAACCACAGUGCAGAGAGUGUUCCAGGGCUGCCGGUGGCCUGGACCCUGCUCCAAAGUCAUCAGCUACAGGACGCUGAUCAGGCCAUCCUUCAAGAUUACCUACAAGCAGGUGACUGCACUGGAGUGGAGAUGCUGUCCAGGCUUUGUGGGAGAAGAGUGUCGUGAAGAGUGUUUGAACUGUACCAGUUUCAUCAACAUGAACAGCAGAAUAAAUGCAGUUGAAUCAAAGAUCAAGCUGUUAGAAAAGGGACGUUCAUCCCUGCCGACAGUCAGCAGUUUACUAGAGGGCUCAACAGACAACGAGGUGGAUGCACCCCAACCCACUCCUAUUGGACCUCCAUCAUACCUGACACCAGCACCGGGAGGCAGAGGGCUUCCAGGGCCCAUCGGACCACCAGGGCAUCCAGGUUCUGUUGGACCUCCAGGUCCGGCUGGAAGAGCAGGCUUCCCUGGACCCACUGGCCCAAAGGGGGACAGAGGUGUAGCGGGGGUUAUAGGUCUCCCCGGCCCUCCUGGCCCGCCGGGUCCUCCGGGGCCGAUCUCCUCUCCCGUCCGAGUGCGCGGUGACAAUUUUUACGUGGACAAUCAAGAGGAGAUCCCCGUCCAUCCAACUCUCCCUGCUCCUCAAAUCAUAGUCGGGCCUCCUGGUCCAACUGGUCCUGUCGGUCCCUCAGGCCCUCCGGGACUGAGAGGACCUGCAGGGAUACCAGGUCUGCCGGGACGAGAUGGGAAGGAAGGCCUCCAAGGCAAGCCUGGGGAUCCUGGGCCUAAAGGAGAUCCAGGGGAAAGGGGGCCUCCAGGUGUAGCGGGCGAGCUGGGCCUUCCUGGAGCGCCAGGGCCAAAAGGAGAGCCAGGAGAAGGUUUGAAUGAGGGCGAGGCCGUGCAGCAGCUCAGGGAGGCCCUGAAGAUCCUGGCCGAGCGGGUCCUGAUCCUGGAGCACAUGAUCGGUGUUCAUGAGAACUCUGAAGGGUCUGGAUUUGGCAGCAUUUUGGACCCCCUGUCCUUCUCUGCCAUAAAGACCAAGCGUCUUCAGCCUGUUCAAACCCUUCCUCAAGCUCCAGUACUGGGGAAGAGACAGAGACGAGCUCCCCUUUGAGCUUAUAGUCUAAUUUUGUAUGGAUGUAAUUGUGAUGGAUGUGGCAAAUUUUGCUUGACUGGACAUACACGUUUUGUUUAUAUCAUGUUUUUUUAUAUUACAAUUUAUUUGCCCAUUAUUGUCUUUUUACAGCUGUAAAAAACGAAGAGAUGUUGAGCAUUUCAUCCACAUGAAAGGCUAUUAUUGAGCCAUUUUUUAAUCCUGUUGCUGCAUGCUCUUAGUCUACAUAACCUUAGCAGCAGCACUUGAACAAUGUUGUACAAUGAAAUAUAAUCUCAUAAAGUGUUAUGAGGGU